UUUACAUACAACCGGUGUCGAUGUAAACAUUUCCGGGAUGGUGUACGCCUUCAUUUUACACACGUUAUUUCCUGGUCAAUGUAAAGUGUUGUUCAAUCAAAUUUACGGAUCGGAUGAAAUAAUUAAAGACGAUGAUGACCAGUCUGUCGACGAGCUUGAAAAACGACAGGAAAGAAAGAAACGGAUACAGUUCGUUGCAUCUCAGGUUCAUUCAGAGAAUCAGUUUAGACGAUCGGUAACGAACAGGACUAUUGAGGACGAUAUUCAAGCAGUCAAUCAAGAGGACCAACUUCCGGAAUUUGAACUGGGAUUUUUCAGAUUAAAGGAAGGUCAGCCAUUUGCAGACGAUAAAGUUGUUGUUUGGUUUGGAGCGGGAAAUACGGGGUUCACGUUGAUAUUACAGAAGGAAGAGAACAGAAUAUUAGCUGAAAAUGUGUUAAAACUGUUAAUUCGGUAUUUUCAAGAGUAUCUUAGAGUUCUUAACCAACCGGCGGAAGCUGCGUUAAAAGCAGACCGGGUGUGUUUGAUUCUUCACAAACUUCUUCCAGAUGGUGCCCUUGUAUUUAUGAAUCAUAGAGUUAUUCGUGCUAUUGAAAGGGAACUAGAAAUUUUAAUGAAAAGUUGAUACUCAUUUAAAAGGAGACAAAAGUGCCAAAUAUAUGCAACUGAACUGAAUUUUUUAUAGGAAUAAGUGUUCAUGUUCAACUUAACAGAUUUAUUUUAUCUGUUAACAAAUUUUCUCAUUUCAUUAUAUCUGCUCAUGUUUGCAUUAAAUUACUUCAUUGAUUUGUUCUUGAUGCCAAUUAAAUGAAUACUUUGUUUCAUAUAUAUCUGUUUCACAUUGUUCAUAUUUUGUUUCACUUUAUUACAUAUUCAAGUUCUUUUUUUAAAAUGUUGCAUAAAUCUUUUCAAAAAUUUAAUUCAUUCAGUUCAAUAAACGCAUUCUGAGUUUAGACCAAAACAGUGCAUGUUUUUUAAUGAUGUACUGUAGCAGCAGCAAUUUUGCAUUCUAAAUACGUAGACUUAAACAUAUACAAUAUGUGUUCAAUCUGGUAUCAUCCACAUUGCGACAUUAAACUAUCACCUCAAGCUGACAAUUAAAUUAUUUUAUGGCAUCAUUGUUUGACUUUGACAGCCAUUACAAUUCAUCAACAAUUAAGAUACAACCCUCUUUAACUUCGAAUUAAAAUAUUUAGAAAGUUAAUACAAUGUUUUGUUAUAGCUCCCAAUUGAUAUUCAUCAACAUGGUUUAUUGAAAAUGAUAAACGAUGAUCAUGCAAUUUUUUAUCAUU